GAAGCGACGUCCCUGGUUACUGUAACGGGAGAGAGAGGGGAAAAACGACCCCCCCCUCUGUAGUAGAUUUGCUCUUAGCUCAUUUUUUGGCACCGUUCCUCCACGGGAGUUCUUGCGUUUACUCUUUACGCGAGAGAGGAAGAAAGAAGGGUCGAGCGUUAGUGCUGGGUUUGUGAGGGACGGGGUUGUUGUUAUUGUUAUCGCUGCUUGUUUUCCCCACCUCCCUGUCCUGGCGAAAGCUCAAAGCGCUAAAAUGGAGGCGGAAAGAUCAGGCGGAGUAGCAGGGGGAACGAACCAGAACUCUGGAGGCAGCGGCGUGGGGCGCAACCCGAACGGGCCGAAAUCGGUGCUCGGGCAGGCGACAACAGCAGCGGCAGCGGCAGCGAUGGCUGGAUCUUCGCAGCCUCGAGAACCACAAGACGGCGACGCAGGCCUAUCGCUUCCCGGGAUCUUGCACUUUAUCCAGUUCGAAUGGGGACGCUUCCAGACCGAGAAAUAUCGUUGGGAAGCCGAGCGAGAUGAACUCAGGGCUCAGGUGACGUUCCUGCAGGGCGAGAGGAAGGGGCAGGAGAACAUGAAGCAGGACCUGGUCAGGCGGAUUAAGAUGUUGGAGUACGCCCUUAAACAAGAGAGGUCCAAACACCAGAAGCUGAAGACAGGCAGUGACCAGAGCCCAGGGGAGAAGAAACCAGAGGCAGAGCAAGUGCCUAAUGGGCCAGCAGAGUCUGAAUCUGAGCCAGCCAAUCAGAUGUCCUGGAAGGAGGGCCGUCAGCUACUGCGCAAGUACCUGGAGGAGGUGGGCUACUCGGACACCAUCCUGGACAUGCGCUCGAAGCGUGUGCGCUCCCUGCUGGGUCGUACCAGUCCCGAGGCUAACGGCGCCCCGGCCAGCAGCGAGCAGCAGCCCGCCCCGGACCCCGAGCCCCUGGCAGGGGGGGAGUCACUCCUCAUCAGACAGAUAGAGGAGCAGAUCAAGAGGAACGCGGCGGGGAAGGAUGGUUCUAAGGAGCGCCUGGGUGGUUCCGUGCUGGAUAAGAUCCCAUUCCUACACGGCUGCCAGGAUGACGAUGAGGAUGACAGUGAUGAGGAAGAUGACUUCCAGGGCAUGGGCGCGGACCGUAUAGACGGGCAGCGCAACAAGAACAAGAAGCCGCGCGUUAAGAUGGGGACUGAGCCCACGACCACAGACCUGGACCCUGAUGAUGAGGAGGAGGAUGAAGACGACUCGGAGGAUGCCCUGAGCGAGUUUGACUUCCUGGGAUCAGGGGAGGAGGGGGAGGGGGCGGGAGAGGCCCGGAUCUCAGGGGACGGCCGGGAGUUAGAGAACCGCAGGAACAAGUUACAGGGCUUGAUGUCGGACUUCCCCCCCAAACCCUCCCCGCCCCCCUCUGUUUUGGGACAGUCUCGCUCCGGGGAAGGUGGCGCUCUGGGUUUUUCCUCCGACGUCUUCAUCCUGGACGCCGUCGGGGGCGGAGACAUGAACCUGGGGGAGCUGGCUGACCUCACCGUCGCCAACGACAACGACCUCACUGUGGAUCUACAAGAUAACAGGGAGGAGUUCAAGAAGACGUGGAACCCUCGCUUCACGCUGCGCAGCCACUUUGAUGCCAUCAGAGCGUUGACGUUCCACCCCAGCCAAGCCGUUCUACUCACAGCCUCCGAGGACGGAACCCUGAAGCUGUGGAACCUCAACAAGGCCAUACACUCCAAGAAAAAUGCAGCGCUGGACGUUGAACCCAUCUACACCUUCAGAGCCCACAGUGGUGCAGUUCUGUCUCUGGCAAUGGGAGAGGACGGAGACUCGUGCUACAGCGGGGGUCUGGACGGAAGCGUGCGCUGCUGGAAGAUCCCUGACAUCAACGUGGAUCCCUACGACAACUACGACCCGGCCAUAGAGAGCAGUGUGUUGUCGGGUCAUGAGGACUCAGUGUGGGGUCUGACGUACUCUGCCCACCACCAGCGGCUGGCCUCCUGCUCUGCAGACGGGACCGUUCGCAUCUGGGCACCCCAGAACUCUGCCCCCUGUCUCUCCGUCUUCAACAAGGAGAAAGAGCACGGAACACCCACCUCGGUGGCCUUUGUGAACUCUGACCCCGACCAGGCGGUGGUGUCAUUCGACGGCGGCGAGACGCUGCUCUAUGACCUCAACACAGAGCAGAGCGUCAUGGUCCUGGAGACUGGCACCAAGGACGGCAGUAAGCUGAUUAACUGUGUGGUCAGCCACCCCUCUGAGCCCAUCUCCAUCACCGCACACGAGAACCGCACUAUCCGCUAUCUGGACAACAAGACAGGAAAAGUGAUCCACUCCAUGGUGGCACACCUGGAUGCUGUCACCUGUCUGACCACGGACCCCAAAGGCACUUACCUCAUCUCUGGCAGCCAUGACUGUUCGGUGCGUCUGUGGAUGCUGGACAACAGGACGUGUGUGCAGGAGAUCACGGCCCACAGGAAGAAGCACGACGAGGCCAUUCACGACGUGGCCUUCCACCCCUCGCAGCCCUUCAUCGCCUCGGCCGGCGCCGACGCACUCGCCAAGAUCUUCGUCUGAGAGGAGGCACAGACGGGGACCAUCAUCCUCCUUGCCUGACAAACACAACUUGGCCAGAGGAGAGUGAUGACUACAAUGGACAAACCUCACCUGCCUACACACGCAAUUUUACAGUUACACACACACAGACAGACAGACAUCCAGUGACAUACACACACGAGACUGUGUCCUGCACCCCACUGGCUGGGUCAUCGCCAACAGGACACUAUUACCCACAGUUCUCUAGCUGUCCCAUGAUGCCUCACUAACUUGUUGCAAUACUAACCAUACUGCUUUUCUAACGACUAAUCUGGCUGCUCGGUUUCUUAGGUCAGUUUACUACACUGUAAUACUCUGUUAAUUUCUACCUUUACAGUCCACUCAUGGUUCUAAUUAAGGCAGUGUGCGUGUUGACAUUGAUCACUACACAUGCCGAUGCAUCACCUACUACAAUUAGUCACACACACACACACACACACACACACACACACACACACACACACACACACACACACACACACACACACACACACACACACACACACACACACACACACACACACACACACACACACACGCGCGGAUUAACAUUCAGUUUGAAACUGUGUUUUUUAAAAACGUUUUUUUUUUUUAUAUAUACAAAAAGCUUAGCUCACCAGUUGCUAACACACAUAAGUACCUGACUACAGUAGAGUCCAGUCCCCAUCAAGUGACGGCGUUAGCCGUUGUCUACUGCAAUACAGCGUGGGGUCACAAUGCAUUUCAUUCCAAAGGCUUCUGAGGGUUUUAGUUUGUGUGUGUGUUUUGGAGUCUUCUCCUAGCCAGUGUUGGACAAACAGCUUUAAUUUCAGCCUCAUCGCCGAGACACUAAGUCUGAGUGUUUGUCUGUCCGGUAUUGUACGGUCAUCCAUUUCAGUAGAAUCAAGUUUGAUAGGAAAUGGGUGUGUGUGUGUGUGUGUGUGUUGCACUUGUUUAAUCUUUGGUGCUAAGAUCUCGUCAGUCCGAGUCUGAAUCAGGGACAUGUUUGCAUUCGAGGUGUGUGUGUGUGUGUGGAGUAGUCUUUGUCUCACUGGGAUAUUUGCCAUCAACAGUAGCAUGAAAUGGCUUGUAUCAUGCGUCACUCUCCAGCCACGCCAUCUGUUUGUGUUGAGAUACUGUAUGGGUCAUUUUUUUAUCUCAUAAGAAGACUAACACGCUAUGCUAAGCAGACACUUUUUUUCUACUGGUUUCCUUUUAUAUAUAUGUGUGUGUGUGUGUGUGUGUGUGUGUGUGUGUGUGUGUGUGUGUGUGUGUGUGUGUGUGUGUGUGUGUGUGUGUGUGUGUGUGUGUGUGUGUGUGUGUGUGUGUGUGUGUGUGUGUGUGUGUGUGUGUGUGUGUGUGUGUGUGAGUGAGUUGGCAUUUCAUCAGGAUAGCUGGUUUGUGAAAGAGUUUGUGGAGAUGAUGCCACAGUGGAGACCUCUGACUGAAACGGUUGACUUUGAGAGAAAGUGACACUACUCCCAAUAUGGCGUCCUGUAUUCUCCCUUCCUUAAGUCGGCAUCAAGUCAAAAUGGUCCUUCGUGCCGGUGUAUUUAUUUAGGAUUGCGCUUGGAAACAUUAUCCAUUGAAAUAGCUGUUAGGUUUCUGGUUUCGGUGCGAGUCCUCAUAGUGGGAAACUGGCCUCUCUCCAGUGUCAAUGGAGCCAGCAGGGGAAAUUGCCCCCAGGAUAUGGGAACAAAAGGCACAUAAAGAGCCCUCCUUCCUCUCCCUUUCCUCUAUGGAGGGGAAACAAGAACAAACACUACCUAACCCUUAGCCCCCCUUACAUUGGCCUCCGACAAAUACUGAACUAGACAGGGUUGGUGUCUGUUCACCAAGCAGUCACUUUGGGCUUGGAUUAUUGUGCCUGUUUUUCUUCCUGGAAGGGAAAACAAGCGUGCGACGCCACUCUGAGCCGCGGGCGACCGCUAAAGACUGGACAUCUCGGUCAGAGAUCAGGGGUGAUGUCGUUAGGUAGCCGGUUUAUUUUUUUGAACUUUCCGGGGUGGAGGCAGAGGGAGCCCUACGGGCAGAUCUCUGGCUGUGGAAACAUGGUUCCACCAGGCCAGGGCAGAGCAUGGCAGUAAAGAAUUAAUGGUCCAGUAGCACCAUGUCAAUCGGUAACUGGCCCUGAGCUGCCCCCAAACCUACUAAUCAACCCCUCUCACACGCCAGAGGGACAGGUUAGAAGUCGUCCCUAACCACUGAUUCCAGAUCAGAUAUUUCUUAAUCUCCUUAAUGGUUAAAGCCAGAUUUGUGGCUAUGGUUAUCUGAUCCUAGAUCUGUGGUUUAAGGUCAACUUUAACCAACUACAGUACAUGCAACAGGGUCACUACAGGGAUCCGAGAAAUGACUGAGAGGUCAACGUUUUCCUCUCCACUGCAAGACCUUAUGGGAAAACACUCUGUGGUCUAGCCAGACGGGUGUCUGCGGGCUUGGUUUAGUACAUGUCAGCUUCAUGUGUUUGCUAAAACAUGAUGGUUUCAGAUGUAUUGGAUUUGAUGAGGCAGAGAGAAUGCCUAAAGUGCUACUGUGGCACAUUGUGUGCUGUAAUGCUUUGUUGUUGAGAGGAUGCUGCACUACAUCAGCUGCACUAGACCCCAAGACUAGACCAAGGGGUUAUCUGUAGCUCAGCUGUGUCUUAGUGUGGCUGUGGAGACCCAGGGCCCAGUUUCCCAAAAGCAUCUUAAAGAGCGACUGACCCUAAAAAAAAAGCAACUUCUCGUUUUUGAAAAUGUCCUACAUGAGUCAGAAACACGUAUUCUACUGUCAAAAAUUGACUGCAGAGCGUAAAUUUUAGGUCAUUUACAAGUCAGUCUCGUCCAAAACCGUUGUUACUAAAGUUGCAUUUGAAAACGCUCGUUAUUUUCCCGGCUGCCUCAGAACAGCGGAGUGAGUCGUUAGAUGCUUUAAAAAAAAUAUAUAUAUUUUUUUUUUACCCUUCCUCGUCACUUUAUACACUAAACAGAAGGUCUCAGCUAAACACAGAAUCAAGAUGUUUAUCUGUCUCUGUGAACGCAGUUUGACUGCUACAAAUACAAAGUUGCCAAUGUCCUUGCGAUUGUUGCAAACCACAAGGUUCCAAAAUACCAAACUGAGUUGACUGUGGGGAGCCGACGGACAAACAAAGCUAUAAAUACAGGCAAUAGACGUAUGUAUAUAGACUACAUACAGUGCCUCUGGGAAAAGUAUUCAGACCCCUUGGCUUCUUCCAUACUUUGUUAGGUUACAGCCUGAUUCUAUAAGUGAUUAAAUUGUUUGUUCCCCCCUCAUCAAUCUACACACAAUAUCCCAUAAUGACUAAGCAAAAACAGGUUAAAAAAAACGGAAAUAUCACAUGUACAUAGGU